AUGAGUCGCUCAUUGUCGAGUCGCCUCGUGGCGAAGUCGCUAUUCCAAAUCCCCCGAGUUACGACCCAAGCCGUCCGAUCAAUCUCACAGACGACUUCCCUCCGCGAUGACAAGCCUAGGAGCCGACCCAGUACAGCCUCAAUCCUAGAGAGCAUCUACGGCCCACAAGAGACGACCAAGGCCCAGUCUACUACCAGCAACAGUGCCAUGGCCAAUCUCUCUCAAAGCCUUGUGUUCAAGACUCUUGACAAGACCAACAUCGAUACGAGUGCAUUGGGCAGAAAAACCCACCGCAAGGUGCAGGCAAAGGAGGACGACCUCGAACCCUACCACUUUCACAUCUACUCUCACAAGCACAACACUCACAUUACCUGCACCAAGCCCAACCGCGACCCUAUUAUUUCCCUGUCGGCCGGCAAUAUUGGAUUCCGCAAGUCUCGCCGUGGUACCUUCGAUUCCGCCUACUCUCUUACCAAGUACGUCCUGGAGCGAUUAAUCCACACCGGAUGGCCCGUCAAGAUGAAUCGAUUGGAAGUUGUGCUGCGAGGUUUCGGUCAGGGACGAGAGGCUGCUCUCAAGGUCUUGAUGAGCCCCGAGGGCAAGGUUCUGCGAGACAAGAUUGUGCGUGUGGCCGAUUCGACAAGGAUCAAGUUUGGUGGUACCAGAAGUGAGAAGCCCAGACGUCUGUAA